CGACUUGAUUACAAUAGACAAGUCUACUGCUACUACAUUCAGCUAGAAGUAAGUAUCAAUACCCCAAUUUUCUCUCUAGUGAAUUUUCAUAUGUACCGUUUUGCUAUGCACUAUAGCUUUCAGUAACAACGUGAGAGCCGUCUUUUCAUUUGAGGUGGUUCCUGGUGCGACCUGGUAAUACAAAGAGUCUCUGUAUUCUCUGUAGCUCUGAAAGGUACUACGGCUGCGAACAUCAUACUUGAUUCCACCUAUGAAACGGGACAGGGAAUUGGUUCAGCAGGUACAGUAGAUACACAUAAUAUGGCAACUGGAAGAACACAGAAUGUGCGCAUGCACUCUCACAUGCCUCAGCAACGAAUACAACGGACCAUAUCUCCUUACAUUAUAGCAAAUCCAAACGCAAAAUCACCAGUUCCUAUGCCCGCUUCGGAGGGUGAUAUGUGGCAUAAACAAUCAAAUUUAGAUAGAAGCGGGUCGCACACCCCGGGUGGGGUACUGGAUAGGCAACUCUCGUAUUUGAGCGCAAGUGCGGGCUUUAAUAAUACACAUGAUAACAUGCGACACUUUACGGCAUCAGAUGCGCCACACGGUACCUAUAGUGACAACGAUAACGUUGUGUCGCUUUCCCGCACCGACAAUGUUCAACAAGGGGGGGCAAUGAAUAAGUACUCAUACGCGGACGCGAAUGGUACUGGUGAAUCGAUUCCACUGAAUACCAUCGCAUAUAGUGGUCUCGCACAGCAGCACUUUAAUCAAGGUGGGAAUUUUGGUAACUCAGCCCAUCACGCGCAAGGCUAUCAUGAUAUGGCAUCAGAAAACUACCAACGGUCCGACUCGAACGAUUACGUUCAGCAACAAGCAAACCUGCGGCGUAUGUACAGCACAGAUCCAAACCUGCAGCGUAUGUACAGCACAGAUCCAAACCUGCAGCGUAUGUACAGCACAGAUCCUGCUCAAGCACUCGCUAACCACCCCCCAGGCGGAGGACAUUUUAUGGGCACGGGCGACGCCUACGCACAGCAACAACAUAUGGACAUGUCGAGAGGCUAUUCACAACGGCAACCUAUCCCAGCUUACAGGACGGCGACAGGUGAUAUUAUCGGGCCAGAAACGGAUCAUUCAUAUAGGAAUCACCAGUCAUAUCCAGAUAAUUUGGGUAGGGUGCAACAUCACGGGGCGCGAGACGUGCGCUUGAAUAACCAUCCUUACGCACAAGGUACUUCCAGCCAGCCUCAAACACACAAUACUAAUAGCCAAUCUAUUCCAACCAGGACAUAUACAGAUCAAAGUACCUACACACAGUUGCCUCCGAGAGAGUUUGGAUACAAUUCCUACCAUGGCGGGAACGAUACGAGCCAUAACGGAUAUCACAGCGGCUACGACCAAGCUAUGGAUAUGAAUCAAGGCGGUGUCGCGAUCGGAGGCAAUACGGAGUUUCAGGCAAGCGCAGACCAUGAUAACAAUUUUAAGUCAGCAUAUGGACAGGAUGCUUACAACGGGGUCACAGUAUACAAUACCGAAGCUAAUAGUCAUGUACAAGCGCAUAAUAUGACUAAUGGACCUGAAGGCUACGCUAAUGCUUACCAAAAGAAUGUUCAGAAUGGGGCAGAUGGAAUCCUGGAGAACGGACAUGUAAAUACUGCUCAUACAUCGCAACAUAAGUAUGCCCCAUACAAUGAUAUUAGAGCGUCAUCAGUUGGCAGUAAAAGAACGACGGAUGUCUCGAGUUCAAAAUCACAACGAAGGAUGUCUAAGCCCACUGAUUGCAAUAGGCAAACGGCCAAUGCAAAGUCGAUCUGCACGAAGCCGUCGACCAAGGUCGGUGUCACGAAGAAGAAGAAUUCGCUGUCACAGCUUUCUGUGACCGGAGAGGCAAAUCACGUGUGUGGAUGGCCCAAUUGUGGCGUUUCGUUCAAUAGCGAAGAAGCUUUGGCUUCGCAUGUGCCUAUACAUACUGGCGACAAGCCUCACGAAUGCUUGUGGAUUGGGUGCAGUCAAAAAUUUCUGCACCGCGGUCAUUUGAAUGUCCAUCUACGGGCGCACACAGGGUUUAAGCCCUACAUGUGCGAAUGGGAGGGAUGUGAACAGAAAUUUAGUGUAAUGGAGAAUAUGAAGCGGCAUAUGCGGACUCAUACUGGCGAAAAGCCUUUCACCUGCGACCAUGAGGGGUGCGGAAAGCGCUUCUCGUACAAAGGCAAUCGCACAAAACACCAACGCGUACACAAGAAUGCCGCGAAUAAAGUUACAGCCGACAACGAGAGGGCCGCGAUUGGGCGAUCGCAGCGUGGGUAGUCGCAUGCAAAGCAUACCCCGGAACACUCUGGAAGGCGCGUACUAGGCAGGGAGUGUCACUCGCGAAGGCAUGAAAUAAAAAUUAAUAAAAUGAAUCUUUCACAUA